GUUUGUGCUAGUUAAGAGGAAUUUAAAGCAUUAUAUUUCUGUAAAAAAUGGCUGAUAAGAGCGGAACUAAUAAAAAAAGGAAAAGUAUAAUAACAGAUGACAAGGAGGAACAAUACUUCAUGGCGUUAGCAGUUCUCGCAGCCAUGCGCAGUCCGGACCCCGAACUUGGCGUUGGCGCAUGUAUUGUCGACGCCGAUAGAAAAGUUGUCGGGUUAGGUUACAACAGGCAUCCAUAUGGUUGUGAAGGGUUCUCGUGGGACAAGAAAGAAAAACAUAACUAUGUAUGCCACGCAGAGCUGAACGCCAUUGUCAACAAAAACUCCGUAGAUGUAAAAAAUUGUUCAAUCUACGUAACUCUGAUCCCCUGCAACGAAUGUGCUAAGCUAAUAAUACAAUCUCGCAUUAGAGAAGUAGUUUAUCUCGAUGAAAAGAAGACUAAGGAAGAACAUAUUGAAGCGAGAGAACUGGUAUUUAAGAUGUUUACAGGGGCCAAAGUGAUUUGUAGGCAAUUCAUGCCGGAUAAAAAGAAGAUUGAAAUUAACUUUGACGGCUAGCUACGACGAUUUAUAUUUCGGGAUUUGAAAUUAUUAACAACAUUAUACUAACAGAAAUAGCUUUAUUGCUUUUCAAAAUAUUCUCCUUUGAGGUCUACGCAUUUUUUCAUUCGGGUAAACCAGUUUUUGUAACAGUUCAACCACUCCGACGGGGAAACCUCUAAAACGUGCGUUUUGAACGCAUCGACCGCGGCUUCAUCUAGGAAAUAGGAACAAAGUACCGUAAAAUGGGGUGAGUAGAGUCAAAACUGAAAUUCAAACCUCGAUAACAUUUUAUUUUUACAUAUGAAAACUGAAUGGUGUAUAUAAUAAGUGUUCCGGACGUUUGUAUUUUAGUUUUUAUUUUAUUUUGGGUAGUUCCAUUUCAUAACUUUGGCGAUAAAGAGGAAAACCGAUCUCACCCCGUAGUGCCUCGUAUUUGGGGUGAGAGGGGUUUUCAUACAAAGGUGAUUUUGGAAGAUUGUUGGAUCGAUUUUUUUUAUUAUGCGUAUAUACGUACUAUAGCUCCAUUUUUAAUUGGAAUACAUUAUUUUUGUAGCAGUAGCCUUAAAAUUCCUUCUCACCCCCCUCUCAAACCUUCUCUCCCCAUUCAUAACCCACCUCUCCCCGCGAAACCUACUCACCCCGUUUUACGGUACUGGCUAAAGAAUAUUCACAAUGAAAAACAGAAUAGAAUAAUGCCAUAUCUUUGAUGAUGUUUUGGAUUUAUUAAAACUUUUGGAAUGUAAUAUUUUUUUGCUUUUAUGUUACUAAUGUCUGUGUACCUACACUGUCACUUAUUUUUACAUGGUCAUCUUUUACUUCGGUAUGGGUGUUGAUUAUUUUUAUAGUGUUUUAUUUUAUUUUACUUUAAUUGAUAAUUCAAUGAAUUGUUAUUCAAUUGAGAUCGACCUAAUUAUAAGUAUGAAUAUUAAUUACCCUUUUGACAUGUAAAAUUUGUAAAUUUAUGAAUAAAAGAAUAUAAAUAUGAAUAUUUAAGCCAUGUUUAUUAAAUAAGAAUGAAUAAGCUGUAUUUCGAUGAUAAUAGCUGUUAAAGAUGAGAUUGCUGCGAUUGUUGCUCAAGACGAAAGUCUUUAAUCAAUGUGUGUUACCAGUGAUGACUUACGGCUCCGAAACGUGGUCUUUCACUAUCGGCCUCAUCUCAAACCUCAAAGUCGCUCUACGAGCUAUGGAGAGGGCUAUGCUCGGAGUUUCUCUACGUGUACAUAGCCUACCGGAUUAGCAAGCUGAAGUGGCAAUGGGCAGGCCACAUUGCACGCAGAGAAGAUGGCCGAUGGGGUCGAAAAGUGCUCGAGUGGAGACCACGGACUAGCAAGCGCAGCGUAGGACGUCCACCCACAAGAUGGACAGACGACCUUGUUAAGGUCGCCGGAAGACGCUGGAUGCGGGUCGCUUCCAACCGGCAUGUAUGGAGGUCCAAGGGGGAGGCCUAUGUUCAAAUCGAAUCAAAUCAAAAAAUCAAAAAUAUACUUUAUUCAUGUAGGCCUAGCAUAGGGUUGCCAUAAGUGUGGGGACUCAGACCGGGACAUUUAGAGAAAACCGGCCAAGUGCGAGUCGGACUUGCGUCGCGUUUAAAGGGUUACACAAUUUAUAACAAUGUAUUUUUUCAUGUGAAACGUGAGUGAAAUGUCUAUAAUUAAGUCCGACUCACGCUUGACUGCACCUUUCUAAUAGGUUUUCCUAUAGAUAGGUAAAGAACUAUUUUGUGUUUUUUUUUUUUUUCAAAAUUUUAGCACAGUAGUUUCGGAGAUAAAUUUUCCAUGUGUUUAAAUGAUUAUUCAUUGACCAGUCAAGCUACCAUGUAGAUUCAGGGAAUUCAGGGUCAACCAGCAAAAAACGCGAGCGCGAAAUUUUUUUGACAAAGUUGUGAAAGCGUGUUAAAAAGGCCGGGCCGGGCCUAAAAAUCCGAAGUUCCCCAGUGAGGCUAGCUUUCAUGCAAGGUCGAAGCCGUGCUUCAGGAUAAGCUCAGCUAGAGCAUAGACGCCAACCAAUGUCCACUGUAUUAAAAAGCGAAACCGCAGGCCGAGCUUGGCGCAGCGAGGUCAAAGGCUAAGCUGAAGAAGAGGAGAUUUGGAAGACAAACCAAAAAUUUAGGUAAAAUGUGAGGCUGAAGGUCGAGCUCAGAAAUCUCCACAUUACUUAAUAAGCCCGAAGCGUACUUAUAACCAGCGCGGUGAGCUUUCAUGCGAGGCAAAAGGCCAAGCUUCUCAAAUCAAAUUUUUAUAUUUGUUAAAAAUUAAGCGACGCCGAAGGUCGAUCUGUAAGAAAGCAGCGCUAGUGUUACUCAACAAUAAUAUGUGUCAUAUGUAGGUACAAGAGUUACUCGGAGGGCCGAAGUUCCAUUGAUGAGGUUUUAGGCCCUUGGGAGCCUGAAAUACGAGCUCUACAUUACAGACUUUAAAAGGUAUAAAAUAACAUAAUUUACAUAAUCAUCUAAUUAUUGUGUGUCUGAGAAACUGAUAUUGGACAUUAGGUAAAAGUAGGUACCAUAAUACAUUUUUUUUUAAUUUUGGCCAUGGAUAUGAAACGUAGAAAUGUAGGUAUAUUAUUAUUUACCAAGUCCAGCCCCCUACUAAAUAACUAUGAUUUUUAAACCGGGACAAUUUUCUUAUCGGCCGGGACGCCGGGACACCGUGCUUCAAACCGGGACAUGUCCCGGCGUACCGGGACGUAUGGCAACCCUAGCCUAGCAACAAGCUCUUAUGAAUCGUAAUUAAUCUUAAUCUAAUUAUAAGAGCAAUUUAUUGAUGCUAAUAUUAUUCCAUAAUAAAAUUGGAUUAUUAUACAUAUCAAA